AUGUCGAACCAACCGCCCCCUCCCUACGGUGGCCACCCGAACUACGCGCAACAGUGGCCUCCGUUGUAUCCCAUGGGAAUCCCUCCACCUUUCCUUCCGAAUGCCGAGUACGCCGGAGCUGGUCAAACGGCUUCCCCAAACCUUACUCAAAAUCUAGAUCCCAACAUGGCGAGCUUCUAUGCAAAUUCACAGCUUUCUGUUGCCCCAAACCAGUUCAACGUGUCCCAAUUGCAGGCGCCGACAUUCGCUCCCAUCCCAGGACAGUCUACCGGGUAUCCACCAAUGCCAGGACCUCUGGGAUCCUUUAUCCCACCCCCAGUAUCUGCUGAGUCCUACGGUGUCAAUGCGAAUGAAUCAGUGAAACCACAGGAAUCAACUAGCAAUGCCACCCUCGGCAACAACAACCGUGAGGAAGGCGAGGUCAGCGAAGAUGAAAGUGAACCCCCUGUACCGUCUCGAAAGACAACAAAAGCCUUCAACGCAUCAAAAUUGGGACAGCGAUCGCGCCAACAUUCAGAACUGGAGGAAGGUGAAACUAUGUCAUCAGGAUCACCGUCCUCAAGCAGGAGCAGCUCUCCCUACAAUCCGCCUUUGUCGGUAUCUGCAGAUACUGAAGCGGUUAGUCGCGCGAUCGGAUUACAGAAGAUGGAAACAUCAGCAAAAACUACAGAUGCUCAGCCGUUUGUCUCGGCAGAACAACUUCGUCAGCGAGCGCAGGGUGCUCUACUCAGCUUGAAGCCUCACAAGAUUUCAUAUGAAGAACUUGUUGCGGAAGGACUGAAUCCUACAAUUCUGAGGAAACUCUAUGAGCAGGUUGGUCUGAAAAUCAAUCCUCAGCCCAGAAGGUCCUCGAAGAGUUCAGUCCAACCUGCCAGUGUGGCUAGUAAGCAGGCAGCUUUGGCUUCAACGGCCCCAGGAUCGAAGGACCAGAAUCGGCAAAAGUCUUCGACUGCGCCUCCAGUUCCUGCAUCGACUGGGUCCUCUGCCUCCGAUUCAGUAUCGGAAAGGCCAAUGGAAAGGAAAGAAGUCAUCGCCAAGAUGCUCGCAGCUAAAGCCGCAAAGAAGGCGGAAGGAAAAGAAGAAAUACCGCCAGGAAACACUAAACCUGUCUCUGCUUCACCAUCUUCAACUACUCCUACACUGGCCCCGGCUCCCCAUCCAUCUCAGGUGAAAUCGACCGUGGUUCCUGUGAGGGAGAAGAGUAAAGCUCAGACCGAAUUGGCAAGGCAACGCAUUGAGGAGUUAAAACGGCAAGCGCUUUUAAAAAAGGCCCAAUCCAGUCAACUCAGCCAGCUGGAGAGCCCUGCUGAUACUCCAACAUCAAUCGUAUCAGCCCAACAGCACCCUCUUCCUGUUCGUCCUCCAAAUCCCCAAUCUUCCGACGCCGCUCCGAUUCCUGGGUUGGCCAUGAAUGUAUCAAAGGAAGAUUCGGGCUUAUCAACUCCAACGGAUGUUUCUCGCGCGCUCACAGUCGAUCCAACACCUUUGGCUAGAGCGACUCAGCGCAAACGUCCUCGGGCAUCCGAUUUUGAUGAGAAUGAUACGGCUUCUAAAAAGCAUUUUGUUCAUGAAAAUGAUUACUCGGGUCCUGCAGAUAGGUUGAUCAUAGAAUUCAGCGACGAUGAUGAAUCUUUAUAUGCAGAUGACUCUGAUGACAUGGAAAUAGAUGAUGAUGAAAGCAAGCAAGUAACAUCCAUGUUCCAUCUUGAGGCAGCUCGUCCGGCCCUCCAGAGAAACCCAUCAUCUAUCUCAACGCCUCAGGGCGCUUCUUGGCAGAGUGACAAUGAACAUGUGCGACAGAAGGACUUAGCGAUCCAAGAAAUGCAUCGAAAAAUAGCGCAGCUUGAGGAGCGGCGAAAGGCGAAACUUGCCGCCAGUCAAACUGAAUCACCUCGCGCCGUAGAUGAUUCUGGAGAAAUUUCAUCCUCAUCCGCAUCCGAUGGCCAGUCAAGUCCUGUCGAUGCCGAUGUCACUACAAGCUCGUCGCCUUCCACCUCCAAGCCAGCGCCAGGUUUCAGUACAACUCUGACAGCCGAUGGGUCAAACCUUAUUGAUUCUCUUAGCGAAGCCUCUGUCCGAUCUCUGGCUAGAAUGGACAUGGCGGAGCUGGACAAAAUGAGAGUUGCAAUUUCUAGUUCGAAAGAGAGACCAAUUCGACUUCCUGGGUUAAAUACUGAGGUUGUCUCAAGUGAAGAUACAAUUAGCGGAGAGAACCAGGGUUCACUUUUCGAUGAACUCAAGCAUCUCAUUCGUGAGAAUGCUGACCUUACGUUGGAAGAUUUGGAUAAGCUCCGACGGCAAGCAGAAGUGAGAAGUCAGAAUGCCGCCGAAAAACAAGAUGCUCCCAGUCCUAGCCAAGUUUCCUCCAGCAAUGUGUCCGCUGCGCUCAGUGUACAACAAGCUUCGAAUUCUCUGGUCAACUCGACUCAAUCCCAAAAGGAGGAGUCUGCUUCCGUGUCGAAUCUUCCCGGGUCCACACAGGAUUAUUCAGAUUCGUUAGACAGUGAUGACAACUCUAGUGAUCCAGAAUCCCCCAUUUCCGUGGAUAACUUGGUCGGCAAUUCCGAUACUGCGGCCAGUCACCCUCUUCCUGAACAGCCAACAGUAAAUGGAGAUGUCACGAUGAAGGACUCUGUCAGUCAGGUCUCUGCAAGUGAACAAUCUCAACGUGAAUCCAGUGCAGAGUCAGAUGAAUCGGAAGCAUAUGAGCCUCCAGAGCCGGAAACUGUUGCUGAGCCUGAUUCUCCCUACAGUCCAGAACCAGAGCCGGGCUCCCCUUACAGCCCUCCUUUCAGCCCCGCCCCUCCCGUUUCUGUAAAAGAUGACACGAAGGAUACCAUAGCCGUUUUCGAUGAACCCUCAGCCCGGGUUCCACUAACAGAUGAAUCUCGGGCGGCGGUACUGGGAGAUCCUCAGGUCGGAAUACUUGGUAGCCAACCAUCAUCAUCGUCAUCUGCCAACACGGCACCAAAGUUCACUCCUUACCUUAGUCCUCUACGCCAAUUCAAAGCCUAUCGCUAUCACCCAGGCUUUACUGCCGAUGUUCCGAACGGUUACCGUUCGCUAACCUACAGCCAUGAUAUUGACUCGAUGAAGUCCUUUUGCCAAUAUGAGCUGGCCGGUGGCGUGUGCAAUGAUCGGUUUUGCGGAUUCCAGCAUUUCCGGGACAUCACUCUUAGCGACGACAAGGUUCUGAUUGAAAUGGGCUCCGUUCGUGAGGGUCAAACUGAAGAAGAAAAAGAAACCUAUCUUGCCGGGUUAAAAGAAAUCAUCAACGAGAUGCGACGUGACAAGGUGAAGGAUUUCAGCACUGUGGCUUCUGAGAUAGUCGCAUAUCGUAGGCGCUUUCUCCAAGACCCGUCGCGCGUCUUGCCUCUGUAA